AUUCAUCCUCCUUUCACUUUCUUUUUUUCUUAACAGAAAAAUAUUGUUAAGAUUGGAUUUAAACCUUAAUCUGGCAUCUUAGACCAACUCGGCCAUCUCAACAUAUUCAUCCUUCUUCACUUUUUCUCAAUUUGGAUUUGUAAUGGAAUUUUUUAAUGAAUAUUUUGCAUUGGAGGAAAUUAGAAAUCAUCUCCUCGGGGAUUUUUCCCCGAAAACUUUGAAAUUUGGGGCGGAACUAGCUAGUACUAGUGAGUGUAGUAAUAAUAAUACUGUGACGGGUAGCUUGAAUUCUUUUGAUUUUUUCUCCGAUUUUGAAGCUGAUUUCUUUCAAUUUGGAACCGAAUUUUCAAAUUCGAGCUCUCAAUCAGCAAAGUCAGUCAAACUAGAAUCGGAGCCGUCGAUUUCAAGCUCCGAUUACGAGGAAAAUAAAAGCAAUUGCUUUCAAUUUGAAUCGAAACCUCAAUUAAUCAUCGACCUCUCAUCACCGAAAUCGAGUAAAGUUAUUGAUCGGAAACCUUCACUAAAAAUUGAUUUACCUCCAGUGAAGAAAUUCGAGUGGAUCGAUUUAGGCAAUUCGACUCAUCAAUCGAAUAAUCCAAUUGUUUCGAUUGAAGAGAGGAAGCAACAUUACAGAGGAGUGAGACGGCGACCAUGGGGAAAGUAUGCGGCGGAGAUCCGAGAUCCAAAACGACGUGGUUCUAGGGUUUGGUUAGGAACAUUUGAAACCGCAGUUGAAGCAGCUAAGGCUUACGAUAAAGCCGCAUUUACGAUGCGUGGAAGUAAAGCAAUCCUAAAUUUUCCAUUGGAGGUGCAGGGGAAGAGUUACCUGAGCGCCGCCGUGGAUGGCGGCGUGAAGCGGCGGAGAGAAUCGGAGGAAAUAGGUGAAGAGAAGAGAGUGAAGAAAGUAAGGGAAGAGGAAGAGCUAUGGCCUUUAACGCCGUCAAGUUGGAAUUGUAACGGAAUAUUUAACCUCCCGCCAUUAUCACCUUUAUCUCCUCACCUGAGCUGUUCGCAGCUUAUCCAAAUCUGAAGUGACAAUAAGCAAUACUUCUAAUUUUAUAAUGUAACAAAAUAUAUAAUGAUUAUGAAUUACUAGUUGAUUCGUAUAGAGAAUGUUUUCAAUUGCUGUCCAAAUUAAGCCGCAAUUUACAGAGAUAUGCCUGCUGCUUUAAAUUUGUUAGGCUUUCUUAAAUUGCUUGCUUACGCAUGAGGACCAACUUUUUGCUUAUAAGUUCUUGAAUCAAUAAAAAAUACUGUAAGUAGUAAAGUUUAAUUGAAUGUACUAAUAAUUAGUUUAGUUUGUUGAACAAUAUUGUUCAGAACAUUGUAAACAAUAUUGAUUAAGGAAAACAAUUACUUACCGUAAGUCCAUGCACUAAGGUUAAAACUUUA